GUGGCUCAGCCUCCCUCAGAGACCGGACAGCGCGUCACCAGCACAGGCUGCCACAUAGCAGGCGCCCUCAUCAUUCCCGCCUUUUACAGGACGGGAUCACAGGCGGCGGCGGCACCGGCAGGAGGAGGCGGCGGCGCUGCACACGGGACGGACUAGUGCUUUAUGGAUCGUUCCUUUAUAUAACCUGCGCUGAGGAAAGCAACACAAUUUAGAAUCCUAAAGAAAACGAAGACCAAAGGUGUAAAACUAUGUUGGAAAUGGGAAAAAUGAAAAUGCUGAUCUUCAACCUAGACCCUGAGUGGGGAAAAAUGGGUCGAAAGGAUGCUUCAGCAACAAAAGUUCCAGUGGAUCAAUAUCGUAAGCAAAUAGGAAGGCAAGACUACAAGAAAAACAAGCCUGUAUUAAAAGCAACACGACUAAAAGCAGAAGCCAAGAAAACAGCACUCGGGAUUAAGGAGGUGCUGCUUAUUACAGUGGCCAUCCUGGUGCUCCUGCUGGCUUUCUAUGCCCUGUUUUAUUUGAACUUCACUUCAGCUACGGAAUCCAGAGACGACUCGGCAGACUAGCCAAUGCCAUCCAAUCUCAAAGCUGGGGUUUAACGUUGGAAGACUCAGAGGAUGUAAACAUACAUUAUAUGCUAUAUGAGUUAUAAAUGUUACAUUCCAUUUCUAGCAUAAUGAUCAUGAGACACAGAAUACAAAGUCUUAAUUCAGUCAUAAUUAAACAUUCCCGAUCUGAACUGUUAUCUGGUAUAUGAGUUCUUGAUUAUGUCGGAGAUGCAGACAUUCCUUUGGGAAAGAACUAUUUUGUAUUUCUUUUUCAAAUUUAGAUUUUUACUGGAUGUGUGCCUAAUAUGUUGAUUUGUAACUUUCAUGAUAAUUAGCAAUACCAUAAUUCUGAUGAAGGCAAACAUUUUAAAUAUGAGUAUUUUGAUAGAAGGGAAUCUUUCUUUCUAAAUGAUGCAAUUUUUGUAUUCAACACAUUAAACAUAUUGUAAUCUUCA